AAUAUUUGAGAAUUCCGAUUUUCCAUUUUCUUUUUUCCGGGGAAAAUCCACGCAUUCUCUGCCAUGAAACUCUAACUCAAACCCGAUAAGGAAAAAAAAAAAAGAAGUUACAGUGCUCAAAGAUGAGCUCUUUCAGCUUCCAAAUCCCUUCCAUUUAUUUCUCCCCUUCUCGAAGCACGACAUUCCCAUUCUUCAAUAUUACAUCUCAACACAAAUCAACCAACAAUCCCAGGCUUCGUAAGAAACCCAAUGUUAUAAACAUCAAACGAGACCCAAAUGAUUACUCUGAUGCAAAGAAGACAAGCUUGGCUAUUUCAAUUGCUGCCCUUAUUUCCGCGUUUGAGCAGCCGACAUUAGCUGUUACAGGGGUAAACAAUGAGCCAGAUCUGAUCACUGUGAUAAUUCAGCUGGGAAUUAUUGCUUUUUGGUACUUCCUUGUCAUGCCGCCAAUCAUCAUGAACUGGCUUAGGAUAAGGUGGUAUAGAAGAAACCUGUUGGAGAUGUAUUUGCAGUUCAUGUGCGUCUUCAUGUUCUUUCCGGGGCUACUGCUAUGGGCACCGUUUUUGAACUUCAGGAAGUUCCCAAGGGAUCCAUCCUUGAAGUAUCCAUGGGAUACACCUAAAGAUCCUUCACAAGUCAAAAAUGCAUACGCCAAGUAUCCCUAUGCCAAGCCUGAAGAUUAUGAUGUCUAAUUGGUGAGAUGGUUACAAAUAUUCAUAGCCUCUCUAAUUCUUGUUCUUGCUU